AUGAAAGCAAUAGAAUCCUUUAAAAAUAAUUUCAAAAAUAUCGUAUUCAAUUGUUUUAUCAAAUUUUCAUACAACAAUAAGUAUUUGACAAGAGCUAUAAAUAAAAAAUUAGCCAGAAUGGCUGAUGAAGAAGAAAAAGCAUUAUUAGCAGCAGGAAAAGACGAAAAUGGAUCAUCUAUUUUUGGAAAAAUUGCCAAUGGAGAAAUGAAAGUAGACCUUGUAUAUGAAGAUGAUAAGGUUAUGGCAUUUAAUGAUAUAAAUCCUCAAGCACCAGUUCAUAUUCUUGUAAUACCAAAAAAUAGGGAUGGAUUAACAAGACUUAGUAAGGCAGAGGAAAAACAUAAGGAAAUUCUUGGACAUUUAAUGUGGGCGGUUGCCGAAAUAGUAAGAAGAAAUAAUUUAGGAGAUUUUAGAUUAGUAGUAAAUAACGGACCAGAAGCUUGUCAGUCUAUUUAUUAUUUACACUUACACAUUUUAGCUAAAAGACAAAUGAAAUGGCCACCAGGAUAA